AUGAAUUUAAUUGCUUCUUUUCACAGAGCAUCACCCGUUUGUCUGGUUUUAAUGGACGCAUUUUCUUCUUUGAAAGAGAAAAACUCGGGAAAACUGUUUCAAAGUCGGCGCCAUAUUGAAAAUACCUUCGCGGCAUAUCCCACUAACCUUUGCGGUAUGUCAAAUGACAGACUUUUCGUGCAUUUUACAUAACGUCAAGAAAGGUCGCCAGCCGCCAUCCUGGUUCUGGAACGGAACGUGAGAAAAAGCAAAAGUGAGCGCUUUUUUCUUUGAGAUUUAUCUCCUUUACUGUCACGUUUUUAGGGUUACAUUGUAAUAUUACUGAUCUGUAUCAUUUUGAUUGCAGUGGCAAAGGCAAAAGCAAAGUAAGUGAUCGCAUGAGUACACACAUUUUUUGCUAUCAGUCCCCUUUUGAUUUCAUCAGAUUUCAAAAUAAAUCUUCAACCAGUUAUCAAAGUGUGGGAUAGGUUACGGAAACAAAUCCAGCUUAGAGUAUUCUGUACUGAGGAACUGUUUAUAGUGCGAAUUGUGGUAUUUGCAGCUGUACACCACCAUGUAAUAAAAAUAAUAUCAAUGAUGAUGAUGAUGAUGAUGAUGACGAGGAUGAUAACGACAACCAAGACAAUGAUGAGAACAGUGACAAUGACCAUAAUAGUGGCACAACUAACAUAAGAUCAUUACAAGAAAAAAAUACCAAAAUUAGGAAAGUAAUAGCUUUUUUAAUGACAUGACAUGCACAUUUUAACUUCCUUGUUUAUGUAGGAGACUGAUUGUAAGACUUGUUAGCAUGGCUGGUACAGGCUAUUAUUAUAUGAUGACAAGAAAUAGACUUAAAACAAGACCUCUGGAAUUCAUGAAAUAUGAUCCUAUAGGUAAGUAAUAAGUAAGCGCAGGUCUGGAACACUGUAGCCUGAGAGCAAUUUCCUCCUCUUGGAGGUCAUUCUCGGGCUUGCCACUCGCUUUCGCAUUAUCAGGCAGCUCACUUCAUUUGCCCCUUGAAAUGGAGAGCUUGCUCACAGGCUAGGAACACUGUGGAACAUAAGAGUGCCUAAAGCUAAAAGCUUAAGAAAGAGACCUCUCCCUUUUAACCAAAGAAGUUAUUUUUCUGGUGUCCAUACACCUGCCAACACUUUUUCAAGUCAAAGGUACAACAUUUGUUCCUUAGAGUGCCAGGAUUUUCCUUGGAGGGCCCUAUAUCAUGUCCGAAAAGGUCCAAAGAUUUCCAAAGACUUUCCAAAGUUCUUAAGAAAAUGACUAUGAAAUUAUUAAUUCAUUUUACAGUCAAAGAUUUUGACAAACUACGAUCAUUCAUAUGGACUUUUUUGUUUUCAUAAUGGUUCUAGUUUUUGCUAACUCUAUAUUUUUUAAAAACGGGUCUGUCGGGGCUGUAAAUAACAAUUUUUUCUGCUAUGUGUGAGAAAUUGGCCCACAAUAUUAUAGAGCUGGUGAGAGAUCGUAGUUUUACAGGGCUCGAAAAAAGUCCUGUCCGGUUUUCCAGGACAAGCAGAUUUUCUUCCGAGGCAAGAAACUUUUAAAUUCACUUGCCCAAUGGGCAAGGGUCCUAAGCAAGUCAUCUUAUAACUAAAUCAUUAACUAAGACAAGCAAGAAGUGGCCCCCAGCAAGUAAAAUGUGAGAGCUGGUUGUCCAAAGGUCAAGCUGAAAUUCCAGUGUUUUUUGAGCCCUGUUUAGCUUCCACCAGCAUGAGACUCACCUGCAUGACAGGAGUUACCAAGAGGGAAGGGGAAGAGGAAGGGGGAAUUCAGGCAUGUGAGUAGGGUGCAUUCCCUGAAUCUAUUUAGGUUUCUGGGAAACUGCCCUCCUACCCCUCCCCUAAGCCAACAUUUUGCCUUAAGAGAGAAGUAAGUGUUAAUGUUGGCUUAGGGGAGGGGUAGGUGGGCAGUUUCCCAGAGACCUAAAUUGAUCCCAUUCCCUUUCCCCCUCCUUGUGUACCCUUGCAAAAUUCCCUCUUCCCCUUUUGACUCCUAUCACGCAGGCUAGCUUGAGGCUGGCAAGUGAAGAGUGAGAGUCUUCAGGUAUAAGUUUCUUCAGCAAAAUAGCUACCAUAAAAUUCCGAAAAUAAGCCCCGGGGCUUAUAUUUUUCAAAGGCCCUUUUUGAGGGACUUAUUUUUGGAGGGGCUUAUAUUCGGAGGGGCUUAUGUACGGAGGGAAAUUUGCGUGUCAAAAUCGAUUGGGCUAGCCUUAUAGUUGGAAGUAAAUUUACCGUUUUACUUCGUAUUUGAGGGCAAUUUUCCAAGUACAAUCCCUGGGGGUUUAUAAUUGGAGGGGCAAUUUAACGGAGGGUUUUUGGGUUACCGGUUUGGGCGGCUUAUAUUUUGGAGGGGCUUAUACAUGGAGGGGCUUAUUUUCGGAAUUUUACGGUAUUCCUGUCCAGUGGAUGUGUUGCAAUCAGAGCUUUUUCAGUGGAGGUAUUAAAUAUUACACAGUGAAUAUCAUACAUAAAAACAGUCACAAACAAUAAUCAUGAUAAUAUCUUUGUAAUUUUCUUCCUCCUCAGUGAACAAGCAUGUGUUAUUUGUGGAACAAAAAGUCAAGAAAGGAAAAUGAUUCUCUAUGGCAAUAAGAGACAAGACAGUAUUAAUUCGUAAGAUGAACUAUAAGGAAACAAGCAUUUCACAGUGGAUUCAGCAGGAAAAUUGCAUUGCGUAAAUUGAUGGCAGCAUCGUAUCCCAAGGAAAGGACAAAAAUACAUUGACUAAAAAUCCUGACUGUUAUUAAAUUGCACCUUUUGUGUCAGUGAAUCAGGACACGAAAUACAGCAAGGGAAUGAUAAUAAGUGAAAAUUAGCUAGGCUUUGUCCUAUUUUCUCCUGCUUAAAUUGACACUGACAUUUUUUCCUCGUUUGCCAUUGUAAGAAAAUAAUAGUCGAGUAGUCCCUUUGACAAGCCAGAAGAUAAGAUAUUUAUUCUCAUUUUUGCUUAUUCCAUAUUUUCUUGAAACACGAGGCCCCAAAGAAAUGUCACUAGGUUUAUCAGUGGAAGUUGACCUCAAGCAACUGUACAGGAAAUGUAUUUAGCUGUCAAGAACAUUCAUUAAAAACUUUUUAAAUGAGCAGAGCAAACUUGAAACACACACAACUUGUUACAAACAAUUCAUCUUUUUAUCAAUAAAUAACCAAGGACAAGGC